ACAGUUUGUGGUAAGGGAUUUCAAUUUCAGGUUCGCACGGGGGAUUCCCGUUCGCCGGCUGUCUGGACGGUCGUGUAGUUAGUGCGACCGCUUACCAUUGCUAGUGGGUCGCGCGUUAAUCGUGUUGGGACAAACCGAAUUGAUAAGAAUAUGUUGGAAAUAUUGGUUUCGAAGCGAUCGUGCAACCGGCUGUUUAGUUUGCCGUCGACGGUGGUAGGGAGAACAACCCACUUCUGCGUAGUAAUUUCAGAAAAGGUUUUGUUAUGAUGGGUAGAACCGUGUUCGUGUGUGCGUUGUUUAUCUUUUUGGCCGUUGGAAAGUUUGGAUAUUGUGAGCGCGAUCCGACUUCAUUUCAUUUCCCGGAUAUUGCUCAACUGGAGUUGAGCGAUGUGCUGAACAAGAACUGUGGUUGUACGGCAUAUGAUCAGGAUCGCGAUCGCCCCCCGGAGGGCCGCCUUCAGGAAUCUCCCUGGCUGGUGCUGUUCUACUAUCCGGAUGAACAGGUUCACUUCUGCCAUGGGACAUUGAUCACGACGAAGCAUGUUCUAACGUCGGCUGUUUGCGCCAGCAAUAUUGCUCAGGAUGAGACUUUCAUCAGUUUGGGCGAGUAUGAUCUUGGCACGGACCAAGACUGCGAGCAGGUCAAAUGUUCGAACCCGGUGCAGCGGCGAAAAGUGAGUAAGAUGAUUCAACAUGAAGAGUACGACUCGGAAUCCUUUAAGAAUGAUUUGGCGAUAGUGGUGUUGGACCAGGAAGCCUUGCUGAGUGAUUCUGUGAAACCCAUUUGCCUGCCGCUGCUCAAGUUCGAGAUUGGUAAUGUCAACCUGCCGAAUGUCUACAACGCCCUCUGGACCAGUCGACCCCGGCCCCAGCAGUACUGGAUGCGCUACGUGGAGCUCGACAGGUGCCGUGAGCUGGUCGAGAACCGGAUAAAUCUGAACGACGGCCAAAUUUGCGCCAGCAGUUAUCUGAACCAAACCAUCGAGAUGAUUGGUGGGGCGGGUUCGGCUCUGGAAGUCGAGUACCACAACCGAUUCUAUCAGGUGGCGAUGCUAUCGAUCGGUAUCCUGGAUGCGGAGCCCGGAACGCCGUUUGUAUAUGUAGACAUUCCAAAGUACAUAAAGUGGAUUCACGAUACGGUGAAGAAUAAUGAGUGAUAUUUUUUUAUAACGAGUUUUUACGAUUAAAGACGUUUUUAUUGAAA